CUGGCGUCGAUGUGGUACGGUAUGCGGCCGUGUCGUUAUUGAAAUUUCACGCACGACAAUUCGCAAUCGGAAGGAAUGUUUCGGCAGUUCCUUGUUUCAUCAAUUGAUAAAGAUGUCGGCCUCCAGUAGCCCUCUCAUGAGGGCUGCAGCAUGAACUUCGCGAAUCCUCCAACAACCGCUUCUGGUCCGUGCAGCCGGUCUCGCACGCAGGAGGGGGAGGGUGUGCAUGGCAAGGCCCGAUUAGUGCGACCGCCACUGCGAUGAGUACCGUGGGGGCGGGCGUUGCGAGCCCGGGGCAAGUGGGGGUUCGGACGCCGACGGCCCCCAAACGUCCUGUUCGACGGGGUGGAAAAGCGCCCCCCGAUCGACCGCAGCGUGCCCUCUUCUGUCUCUAUCUCAAGAAUCCCAUCAGGAAGCUGUGCAUUGAUGUCGUCGAGUGGAAGCCGUUCGAAUGGUUGAUUUUGCUUACAAUUUUUGCGAACUGUGUUGCCUUAGCUGUAUUCACACCUUUUCCUUGUAGCGACUCGAAUAUGACAAAUACGUAUUUGGAAAAAAUCGAGUAUCUCUUUCUCGUUAUUUUCACGGCUGAAUGUGUUAUGAAAAUUCUAGCGUAUGGAUUCUUGAUGCAUCCAGGGGCGUAUUUACGGAAUGGUUGGAAUUUACUUGAUUUUACAAUAGUAGUUAUAGGAUUGAUUAGUACAGCGUUACAAAACCUCACCAGAGAUACCUUUGACGUCAAAGCUCUUCGAGCGUUUAGAGUCCUUCGUCCUCUGAGGCUCGUCUCUGGUGUACCAAGAAUGCAGGUUUGA